AUCGCAGUGAAUUGAUCAAGUUAAGAGUUUUUUCUUUUGGAAUUGAAAAAAUGUGUCGAGUGAGAAAUUUCUUGUGUUGUUUGAGCCUCGAGAAUGGUGGAACAUUUCUUGGAUAUAUGCAUUUUUUGUUUGGAUUGAUGGGAUUUAUAACGACGUCGGUGAUCGCAAUGUGGAUUUUGGCAAAACACCAAAGAUUUGUUCUCUUCCUCGCAUUCGUUGCAUUUUUGUUGUUUUUUCUCGCAUGGAUUCUCUGCUCGUGGUGUUUAAUCGAAGGCGUUAAAAAUCGCGAAUCGAGUAAAGUUUUUCGGUUUAAGCUAUUUUCAAUUGUCUGUUUGAUCAUGAAGUUCAUUGGACUUGUUGCGGUGCUGAGUCUGUUCUUUGAGGUUGGAAUUAAAAGAAAAAUUGAUAUUCAGGAGAUGGCAGUGUCGCUGUUUUCAGUGACUCAUGGGAUAAUUCAUCGUAAACUUGAAGCUGAUAAUAAAUCUCCUGGUUAUAUUGGACCUCAUCAUUAUGGUCAUCCUAAUCCUUCCUCUUCAACUGUGAUUCCUUACUCACCCCACAUUGAGAUAAUCAUAUUAAUUUUGUGGGAGAUUUACAUUCUCAUUUUCGUGAGUUCUCUCGAGAAGAAAUUCCAAAAAGAAGAACUUCAUACAAAGAUAAUUCACAGACAUGUUUAAUUAACUGUGACGGGGAAAGGCUUAUUUUAUUUUUAAUUCUUUUUUUAUAUUUGAUAAAUUUUGUUUAAAGAAAAUCGAGUCUGAAAUUUGAUAUAAUAUUUUUUUGUGAU